AUGAACGAAACUUUGAAAGCGCGCUCGCUCUUCAAUUGCUAUUUAGUGGAUGCAAUGGAACUCAGUCACCAGUACGAUCCGAUGUGGAGAAACAACGCGAUGAGUUGCAAGGUUAUCUUAAUACUUCAGCAGAUGUUUCAUUUCAAUAUUUCCUUCAUUACUCCGGAAUUGGACACCAGUGUGGCAAACAACAAGGAAAAUAUUAUUUAUUUGGGCCAUAAUGAUACCUUAGAUUUAUCCGUUCAGCCGUCGCCUAUCACAACUGAUAUGUUAAAUGACUUCAAUCCUGUGGAAGCGAUGUUCGUUUGGAGAUUCGGCUAUAUUCUUCGGCGCAAAUACAAUGCAGUUAUGCGUCCUUAUUACAGUCUACCAUUUUCGAAAACUGUAUGGUGUUGCGUUUGUUCCAUGGUUAUUUUGGCAACUUUAAUUUUUUAUGUAACUAGAAGAUGGGAGAGAAGUAUUGUCGGUCAUUUAAAAUGCAGUUUUAUUUACGAAUUUUAUGCCGCUAUAGGCAUAAUCUGUCAGCAUAGUUUACCGACAUCAUCCAUUCUCUGGUCACGUCGAAUGGCGUACUUUUUCUUUGUUGGUUUCGCCUACGUGGCUCAUUCAUUUUAUACAUCCAACUUACUGUCGCACAUCGUAACCGAUAAAAACGGCAAAAUGGAUCUAAAAUCUUUGAUCGAGAGUGACUAUGAACUAAACAUAGUUGAAAAUAUGAAAAUAUUUGCAGAGAAAAGAGCAAAUACUUUUGAAAAGAAAAUGAAUUCGAUUGAAGAAAAGCUAUCACGUACCAAAGUAAUUAAUAUAUUUGACGGGUUGGAGGCAGUCAGAACCACGAAAACUGCGUUACUAUGUGAUUAUCCUGGAGCAUAUUCUAUCAUUGCAAGAACCUUCGAAAAUGAAGAAAUUUGUGAAGUGAAAGAAGUAGAUGUCUUUUCUAAUGUUAAGAUGUAUUUCUUCGCUGCAAAAAAAUUUCGUUAUAUAGAGAAGUUAAAGAUUGGGUUAGUAUAUUUUCUGUCAAAUCAGAUUGAUACAGUGAAGAUCUGUAUUGAGUUUUGGAAGUGGUAA